GAGCAGAGGUGUACAUGGCAGUUAUUAUGAGAGGAAGGAAGGACUGGAGUAACAUUUGGAGGCAUGAGUAAAGUGGGCAGGUCUCUAGCCAAGGCAUAUCUCUAUUAACUGUGAUCCUCCCUGAGAUCUGUAACUGUGCCUCUCAUUGUGCCUGGCCCAGGAGGCCUUUAUGUGAAGUUAUUUUUUCUAGUUUUCUAUUUAACUUUCUCAAUUGUGAGAUCACCUAAUGAUACAAAUAAAAGUGUGCUCUCUGAAAACACUUAGUUUCAACUUACCAACUAAAAACUUUGAGAAGAGAAAAAUAGUUAUUAAAAGUGAAUGGAAACCCACCUUCAUUUGGACUCUGCUUUUGGGUAUCUAGGUCACAGAGCCUUAGGCAGUGGGAGGGUCUGAGGUGUGACAGGUGCGCAGCCAGACGCAGUGAGUGUGCUGCCCAGGAUUUCCUGUCUUACCUUGUCUGUAAUGAAGCCAGCACCAUAACCUACCUCUGGUGUAGCAGCCACAUAUCUGAGUGUUCAUCAGAAGAGCUGAACUACCUGAAUAUUGAUGUUCUUUAUCCCAUGACCUGAGGAUUAAAAUUUUAAAUACAAGAUGGAGAUGGAAAGUGAGAGUAGUAUCUCAGGAGAUGACAGUGUCUUUUGGUUGGAUUCUGAAGUUAUAACUCAACUGACAGAUGGUGAAGAAGGAGAAAGGGAAGAGAUUUUCAGGAAGAUGAAGUCCUCAGUACAUUCUGAAGAGGAUGAUUUUGUUCCAGAACUGCAUAGAAAUGUUCACCCUCGAGAGCGGCCUGAUUGGGAAGAAACACUUAGUGCAAUGGCACGAGGAGCAGAUGUUCCAGAGAUUCCUGGAGAUCUUACUCUUAAGACAUGUGGCAAUACAGCGAGUAUGAAAGUUAAACACGUGAAAAAGUCUACUACUCCAGGACUGAUGGGCUGUGACAACAUUCACAGGUUACCCUUCACUAAGGGUCACUUUCCGAAGAUGGCUGAAUGUGCACAUUUCCAUUAUGAGAAUGUUGAAUUUGGCAGCAUACAGCUUUCACUUUCAGAAGAACAGAAUGAAAUAAUGAAAAAUGGCUGUGAAUCUAAAGAGCUGGUCUACCUCGUGCAGAUUGCUUGUCAGGGCAAAAGCUGGAUUGUUAAAAGAAGUUAUGAAGAUUUUCGGGUACUUGAUAAACAUCUUCAUCUCUGUAUUUAUGACCGAAGAUUCUCCCAGCUCUCAGAGCUUCCCCGUUCUGACAGUCUUAAGGACAGUCCAGAGUCAGUCACUCAGAUGCUCAUGGCUUACCUGUCACGCCUUUCAGCUAUUGCUGGUAACAAGAUCAACUGUGGGCCUGCCCUUACUUGGAUGGAGAUUGAUAAUAAGGGAAAUCAUCUUCUAGUUCAUGAGGAAUCAUCCAUCAACACUCCUGCUGUUGGUGCUGCCCAUGUUAUCAAGAGGUACACUGCUCGGGCUCCAGAUGAAUUGACAUUAGAGGUGGGAGACAUUGUUUCCGUUAUUGAUAUGCCCCCCAAAGUGUUAAGUACAUGGUGGAGAGGCAAGCAUGGGUUUCAGGUGGGACUCUUCCCUGGACAUUGUGUUGAGUUAAUUAACCAGAAAAUUCCCCAGUCGGUGACCAAUUCAGUGCCAAAACCAGUAUCUAAAAAACACGGCAAGCUCAUUACUUUCUUACGAACAUUCAUGAAGUCUCGUCCAACAAAACAGAAGCUAAAGCAGCGAGGGAUUUUGAAAGAGCGGGUGUUUGGUUGUGAUCUUGGGGAGCACCUUCUGAAUUCUGGCUUUGAAGUUCCCCAGGUUCUCCAAAGCUGCACAGCAUUCAUUGAGAGAUAUGGCAUUGUGGAUGGAAUAUAUCGUCUUUCUGGAGUUGCCUCCAAUAUCCAGAGACUACGCCAUGAAUUUGACUCCGAGCAUGUCCCCGACCUGACGAAGGAACCUUAUGUUCAAGACAUCCAUUCGGUGGGCUCCCUCUGUAAGCUGUACUUCCGAGAGCUCCCAAACCCUCUGCUCACCUACCAGCUGUAUGAGAAAUUUUCUGAUGCCGUUUCAGCAGCAACAGAUGAAGAAAGGCUGAUAAAAAUUCAUGAUGUUAUUCAGCAGCUCCCCCCACCACACUACAGAACACUGGAGUUCCUGAUGAGGCACUUGUCUCUUCUUGCGGACUACUGUUCCAUCACAAAUAUGCAUGCAAAAAAUCUAGCAAUUGUCUGGGCUCCAAACCUGCUUCGAUCAAAACAGAUAGAGUCUGCCUGUUUCAGUGGAACAGCCGCUUUCAUGGAAGUAAGGAUUCAGUCUGUGGUUGUUGAGUUCAUACUCAAUCAUGUAGACGUGCUCUUCAGUGGCAAAAUCAGUGCAGUCAUGCAGGAAGGGGCAGCUUCUCUGUCAAGGCCCAAAUCCCUGCUGGUAUCCUCUCCAUCUACCAAGCUGCUGACAUUGGAGGAAGCCCAGGCAAGAACACAGGCCCAGGUCAAUUCUCCAAUUGUAACUGAAAAUAAAUAUAUUGAAGUAGGAGAAGGACCUGCUGCACUUCAGGGGAAAUUUCAUACCAUAAUUGAAUUCCCACUUGAAAGAAAGAGGCCUCAAAAUAAGAUGAAGAAAUCUCCUGUGGGCAGCUGGCGUUCAUUUUUCAACUUGGGGAAAUCAUCAUCAGUCUCUAAGCGGAAGUUGCAGCGUAAUGAGAGUGAGCCUUCAGAAAUGAAAGCUAUGGCUCUCAAAGGUGGCAGGGCAGAAGGGACCCUUCGCUCAGCAAAAAGUGAGGAGUCUCUUACUUCUCUUCAUGCAGUUGAUGGUGAUUCCAAGCUCUUCCGACCCAGAAGACCCCGAUCUAGCAGUGAUGCCCUGUCUGCCUCUUUUAAUGGAGAAAUGCUGGGGAACCGCUGUAAUUCCUAUGAUAAUCUGCCCCAUGACAAUGAGAGUGAGGAGGAGGUAGGGCUGCUGCAUAUUCCAGCUCUCCUGUCUCCUCAUUCAGCUGAGGAUGUUGACUUGAGCCCUCCAGAUAUUGGAGUAGCCAGCCUGGAUUUUGAUCCAAUGUCAUUUCAGUGUAGUCCCCCUAAGGCCGAAUCAGAAUGCCUGGAGAGUGGUGCUUCCUUUUUAGAUUCAUUAGGAUACUCCAAGGAUAAACCAUGUACCAGUAAAAAGGAUGUAGAACCAGGUGGUAGCCAGUCUCAGACUCCAGGAAGCACAGCAAGUUCUGAACCUGUCUCUCCAGUUCAGGAGAAACUGAGUCCAUUCUUUACCCUGGACCUAAGCCCAACUGAAGAGAAGUCAUCCAAAUCAUCCUCAUUUACUGAAAAGGUCGUCUAUGCUUUCUCUCCGAAGAUUGGACGAAAACUAAGCAAAUCGCCUUCCAUGAACAUAUCUGAGCCAAUUUCAGUGACCCUUCCACCUCGGGUGUCAGAAGCCAUCAGUACUGGCUCAAAUACUGCAGCUCAGAAUGCAUCAUCUCCAACCUGGGACAAAAGCCCAGAAGAAAGCGAUGUCACAAAUAGAUCCCCCACCCAAAUAGUAAAGAUGAAAACAAAUGAGAGAGAGGCCCAAGAAGGAUGUGAACCUGAAAUCCAGCCCCUGGACCAGGUAGCUGCCGAAGAAAUAGAGUUGCCAGGGAAAGAGGAGCGGUCUGUCUCAAGCAGUCAGAGUAAGGCUGUAGCUUCUGGACAGACUCAGACAGGAGCAGUUACCCAUGACCCCCCUCAGGAGCCUGUUCCUGUCAGUUCAGUCUCUCUUAUCCCACCGCCACCGCCUCCGAAAAAUGUCGCCCGAAUGUUGGCGCUAGCAUUAGCUGAGUCUGCGCAGCAAGCCUCUACUCAGUCACUGAAGAGACCAGGGACUUCUCAGGCUGGGUACACAAAUUAUGGAGACAUAGCAGGGGCUACAGCUGAAGAUAAACUGCCCAGUCCCUACUCUAGUAUUUCUCUAGAUAAGGCCUAUUUCCAAACAGAUCGACCAGCAGAGCAGUUCCACCUCCAGAACAAUGCACUGGGAAACUGCAACCAGCCUCUCCCAGAGACAACAGCUGUUGGGGAUCCUACUCAUACCAAGGUAAAUGAAUCUGGGGAGCAACUCCACCAAGUAGACUUACCAGGAAACCAUCUACAUCGAAACUAUUUAUCUGGGGACCCAGAAAAGGCCAGAAUUACUUUAGUUCCCUUAACAGACUCAGAAAAGUCUGAUGAUCAUGUAGGUUUCCCUGAAGACCAGGCUGGGAAGACCACUGUGGCAACCAUCCCCUUCGUAGAGCAGGACCAGUCUGCACUCCAUUUCUACAGCGAGGAUCAGUCUCCUGCCUACCUUGGUGCAAGUGUGGAUCAGCCCCAUCACCCUUCAGAACUUGCAGACCAAUCUUCCAUGCCUUCAAAUUUGCCUAGAGACAAAAGCUGUCCUCUUUCUGGGUCCCCUGAAGAGAAUACCAGCACAGCCACCAUGACUUACAUGACAGCGACUCCAGCAACAGCUGAAAUAAGCACCAGGGAUGCCAGCUGGGCUGUGAGUGAACAGCCCACUGCCACUGGGUUUGCUGUUGCUACCCUUCAGCGCACACACAGAAGUCAUCGCCCUCUCCCCCCGCCUCCUGCCCAGAGGACCACAGAGCAGCUGCCAGUCGCGGGGCAAGUACAAGCUGCAACCAGUAUAGGACUGAAUAAUUCCCACAAGGUUCACGGAGUAGUUCCAGCUCCAGAGAGGCCACCUGAACCUCGAGCCGUGGAUGACCCUGCACCCAUCUUUGUCAGUGAUAGCUGUGCAGCUGCUGCUCAGUGUCCUAUGGUUACUACUACUCUCCAGCCAGGCCUGCCUGAGAAAGUGCGGGAGAGUACCAGGGCCCCACUGCUCCACAUGCGAGCCGAGUCCUUCCCUGGGCACUCCUGUGGCUUUUCUGCACCAAUGCCCCCCACCAGGACAAUGGAGAGUAAGAUGGCUGCCGCCAUGCACUCCAACAGUGCAGAUGCCACCAGCAGUUCAAAUUACCACUCCUUUGUCACUGCGUCAUCAGCCUCAGUGGAUGAUGUGUUGCCUUUGCCACUGCCUGUCCCACAACCUAAGCAUGCUUCUCAGAAAAUAGCUUAUUCCUCCUUUGCUAGGCCUGAUGUCACCGCUGAGCCCUUUGGUCCAGAAAACUGUUUGCAUUUCAAUAUGACUCCAAACUGCCAAUUCCGUCCCCAGAGUGUACCUCCACAUCAUAAUAAAUUGGAGCAACACCAAGUGUAUGGUGCCCGAUCAGAGCCACCAGCCUCCAUGGGUCCUCGUUAUAACACCUAUGUGGCCCCGGGAAGAAACACGUCUGGACACCACUCCAAGCCGUGCAACCGGAUGGAGUAUGUUUCUUCUUUGAGCUCCUCAGUUAGGAAUGCUUGCUAUCCUGAAGAUAUUCCACCAUACCCUACCAUCCGGAGGGUGCAAUCUCUCCAUGCUCCCCCAUCUUCCAUGAUUCGUUCUGUUCCCAUUUCACGGACAGAAGUUCCCCCAGAUGAUGAACCAGCCUACUGCCCAAGGCCCCUGUACCAGUUUAAGCCAUAUCAGUCCUCCCAGGCCCGCUCAGAUUAUCAUGUAACUCAGCUUCAGCCUUACUUUGAGAAUGGACGGGUCCAUUACCGCUAUAGUCCAUAUUCCAGUUCUUCUAGUUCCUAUUACAGUCCUGAUGGGGCCCUGUGUGAUGUGGAUGCCUAUAGCACAGUACAGUUGAGGCCCCUUCAUCGCCUGCCAAGUCGUGAUUUUGCUUUCUACAAUCCCAGGCUACAAGGCAAGAACUUGUACAGUUACUCUGGUUUGCCUCCACGCCCGCGGACCAACAUGACUGGCUAUUUCUCUGGUAAUGACCAUAAUGUAGUAAACAUGCCUCCACCUGCUGAUGUAAAGCACACCUAUGCCUCGUGGGAUCUAGAGGACAUGGAAAAAUAUCGAAUGCAGUCUAUCCGGAGAGAGAGCCGUGCACGGCAGAAGGUGAAAGCGCCUGUUAUGUCUCAGUAUGACAACAUGACCCCAGCUGUGCAGGAUGACCUGGGUGGGAUCUAUGUCAUCCAUCUGCGCAGUAAAUCAGAUCCUGGGAAAACUGGACUUCUCUCAGUGGCAGAAGGAAAGGAGGGGCGGCACCCAGCCAAGGCCAUGAGUCCUGAGGGAGACGACCGCUUCUAUAGGAAGCAUCCAGAGCCAGAGUUUGAAAGAGCCCCCCACCAUGGAGGGUAUGGCAGUAUACAGGCAGAGAAGCCAACCCUCCCUCAGAAGCAAAGCAGCCUUAGGAAUAGAAAGCUUCAUGACAUGGGUUGUAGUCUCCCAGAGCACAGGGUGCAUCAGGAAGCAAGCCAUAGGCAAUUAUGUGAAUCAAAAAAUGGGCCACCGUACCCCCAGGCAACUGGCCAGUUAGAAUAUGGGCCCAAAACAAUUCCAGACACUUCUGAGCCAGGCAGCUACCAUAAUUCUGGAGGGAAAUACACCACAGGGCAGGAGUCCUUAAGAUUGAACCACAAAGAAGUGAGGCUCUCCAAAGAGCUGGAGCGGCCCCGAGCCAGGCAGCCACCUGCCCCUGAGAAACACUCCAGAGACUGCUACAAAGAGGAGGAGCACCUCACUCAGUCAAUGGUCCCACCCCCUAAGCCAGAGAGGAGCCAUAGCCUAAAACUUCAUCAUACCCAGAACAUGGAAAGGGACCCCAGUGUGCUAUACCAGUACCAAACGCACAGCAAGCGCCAGAGCAAUAUGACUGUUGUGUCCCAAUAUGACAACCUGGAGGAUUACCACUCCCUGCCCCAGCACCAGCGAGGAGGCUUUGGAGGCGGGGGCAUGGGAACAUAUGUGCCCUCUGGUUUUGCCCACCCACAGAGCAGGACAUAUGCUACAGCGUUGGGUCAAGGGGCUUUCCUGCCCACAGAGUUGUCCUUGCCACAUCCUGACACACAGAUUCAUGCAGAAUGAGCCCCGGGAGCAAUAGAGUUGAAGCAGCCUCUGCUGGACAGUGGACUGUUCUAUUUUUUUCAAUAACCAAAAAAGAUUAAAAAAAAAUCUACAAAACCCCUGACCACGUUAAAAAGAAAAUAUAAUAAAAGUAAACAAAUCACCAUCCUCCCCGCCCUUUCCUGCUUCAUUACCACCUCUUUCAUCUAUAGACUGUGUCAUUUUUGUCUUUAAAAGAGAUCUGAAUGAUUGUAAAGCACUGUGUUGAAAACCUAGUAAAGAAAUUUGUCACAGACCGUACUUGCCAUAUAGGGCUAAUUUAUAAGAGCCUGAGGACUGCCUUUAACUGAAUUUAAAUUUAACUUUGUCUUUUCUUCUUAGCACUUGCUACCUAGUUCAGAGCAGUUUACAUCUAUUUCCUGGUGGGUUUUUGCAUUUACUGUCAUGUUUCUACGCCCCCAUCAGUGGCUGCACAGCCUGCCCACAUGGACACUUCUUUCCAUUAUCACUUCAUUCAUCUUGACCGAGAAGGGGCUUGUGUGUUAUUAAAUUAUUUUUUUAGUCAUCCUAUAUUAAUAAUUUAUUAACUUUUGGUUGUAUGUUAAAUUAGAGUGGAGAAAACUCCCUUAUUCAGGUAAGUCAGACAAUUGGAGCAUUAUAAUUAAAACAUAAAGAAAUUUAAGACUUUAAACAUUCAGUAGUCUCUUCACAGUGAGCAAGCUCAUGUCACCCCAGGAGGAAUUCUUCAAGUUAGAAUUUAGGGAAAUAUCCGAGGCAAAAGAAUGUGAAAUUCUUAUUGUCAAUUAACUUUAUUAACACCAGAAAGCUGUAUCAUUGCUUUUCAUGUGAUGCCUGACUGCAGAUUCCCCCCACCCAAUAAUAUUUAGUAAAUUGGGAUUCCAGUAAAAUGUUAACAGUACUUGUUCUUCUAAAUUAGCAACCUUUUCCCAUUAAAGAAAAAAACAGCGUUUUAUGACUAUUUUCAGGAAUAUAGAUUUAUGUGAUAAUUUCUGUUUCUAAACCAGAGUAUAUGUUCCCUAGGAAUUCUUACAGUAACUGCAAAUUAUCUGUACUACAUGUCAUUGUUGCAGUAACUACCAAUUACACAGCCCCAUGUCACCAGUUAGAGUUCCAGCAGCUACCAUAAUGUUCUAAGGAGUCACUCAGUAUUUGCUUACUCUGUAUUCAUAUGAUCACGGUCUUACUGUAAUUAUCAUCCACACCAGCAUUUCAGGUAUAGCUCUUUAUAACUCUGUAGACAUGUUAAACAUGUUUAAUAUCUAGGACUUUCUUUUGAAAGUUCAUUCCUUAUCAGAGUAGGAACAGAACAUCUGUCUAGCCUAACUCUACUCUUGUUUCCCAGCCCACCCACCACAGGUCCACCAGACUAGCAGAACAGUCCUAUAUUUACUGUGUGAGCUAAGAUUGUCAUUCCAUUCCAUAACUUGUGAUAAUACUUGAGUUUUAUACAUUCACAUAUUGUAAAUGUUCAGCUUAUAAAAUACACAGGAGAUUUUAUUCCAUUUACUGGAUGGUUGCUGCUCUGGCUUUUUAGAACUUGGAAUUAUCUUUUAUUUAGAGCAAAAGAAGAAAUCUUUUAAGAGGCUAAAAUUAUGCUGCUAUUAUUGCUGUGAAAUUGUGUAAAGAUUAGGAUUCAUGCCAGUCCUCUUUUUUUAAUUUAAAAACGUGAUUACAUUUUAGGGGUUUAUAUUUAGAAAACAAAAAAUUUCAGAGCAACAUAUUUAUAUCUGAAAAUACUCUAUAAGGUUUUCUUUUGUUCCCCAGAAUUGAUCAGAGGAACCAGAGUAAAGAUCUUGAAAACCCAAUAUGUGAAAUGUCUGUAGAAGUUUAGGCCUUUACAUUAAGAGUGCAGGCCCAACUGAUGUUAGAAAAUGUUUAUGUUAGAAAACCUGAGAGGAUGCUUCCAUCUGGCACACAAACAUAUUGGGUGCUACAUUGAAGAGUUGGAUCUCUGGUGAAUAUGCAGCACUAAUUUUUUUUAACCUUAUUCAUCUUUUUAUCAAGUAGGCAAUCCCUUGCUCCUUGGAGAUCAUACCAGCCCUGAAAGUUCUCACCAGCAGUCUGGAUGUUAGCAAGAGGGGGCUGGUGUAACUAGGAGACACAUGGCUUCAGUAACUGAGGGCCCAGAAAGAAGUAGUGAAUGAAGUCCAGGCCAAUUUUAAUACAAUUUGUUGUCACACACACAUUGUUUAUUCCUGAAACUAAAAUCAAUUUUAUAAAUAUGAUGUUUAAUUUCUCAGAACAACUUCUUUAUUAAUAAUGUCCUAUGGGUUUGGAAAUAUCAGGUAAAUAUUUUGAAUAUAGAAAAUUCAGAUUACUGGUAUAAGUGUGAAACACAAACUUUAAAUAAAAUCUAUAGUUUAGUUAAUUAUGUAGCAACAGCCUUAACUUUGGAUUUAGUUAUUUGAAAGACUUUGCCCACAUCUUUUCCUUCCUAAUAUGUGGGGUAGAAAUCAGAUGGCAAAUCACUGUGAGCCAGGUUACCUCAGCAUUGUUCACCUUUGUGUGUGACUUUACAAAUACAGUAAUUGAAUGUUAUUACUUUCAGACGUUGACAUGGAGCAUUAUGAUCAAGGAAGUGGAACUGCCUUAUGCAUUAAACCCCUAAUUUAUUGAGCCAUGUCUCCAGAUUUUAUCUUUUUGAAAAAACUCUGAUUCCACAGUUCAGUUUGAUUGAAAUAAGUAUUCCCUGGAUGUCUGGCUAGGGACUCUAAGAGUCCCAAGGAUGCCAUAUUCUUUAUAAUAAACUUAAUCUGAGCCUUAUUUCUUACUGUAUAAAUUUCCUUUUCAUUCACAUAUUUUAAAUGCUCAGUUUGAAGAACUCCCUGGGAUGGUCCCAAGGGUAAGGCCUGCACAAUUCCUUAGGAAGGCAACGCAUUUUUAAAUAUUUAGGUCAGGUUGAAAAAUUCUAGAGCUACUUCUGUGAAGAAGAGGGACCAUGAACGUGAGUUGGGAUAGAAGAGUGGGUAUCACAUUUGAAGCAGAAAUAGAUGCUUAUGAUGUAUAUUUGAAAUUUGCCCCUUUAGUUCAAGAAGGAGCCUGUAAAAUCCAUUUAUCUGUUCAAUCCCUAUAGGUCACCUAUUCAGUAUGUUGGCAAAGUAUGGUCUGAACAGAGAGUGCAAGGAAAUGAAUAAGAAAGUCAAAGUAUGUCAGAAAGUUUCUUCCAAAUGGUUAGAGGCAUGUGAUUGUCAGUACUGUGUAAUGGAAAUGUCAGGAAUGAUGUAUUUUUAAUAUGUGCAAGAUAAUGUUGGUGUCCACAGAGGGUCUUUUUUUCUUAUCUGAUUAGUACUGUUAAUGUUCAAAGAAUAAAAAUGAUUGUUUUACAGUUUAGAUUCUGAGAUAGCAAAACCUGAUUUUUCAACCAUGACCUGCAUGAGAGAAGCACCCUAGGAAGUCUUAGAUCAUACUUUUGAUUUCUUUAAUUUAUAUAGUGUUUUUUUAUGUUUUAAUAUUUUUGUGAACUGGUGUAAAUUGUUAAUGCAUAUAAGCUUGUGUAUUUUUGUAAAUAGUUUUGUGAUUUAUUUCUUGCCCCAUAUGUAAAUAUUUAGAGUCUCAUUUCUUCCAAACUUAUUUGAAGCUGAGUUGUGGGUUUGGGGUUUUGUUUGUUUUCUUGUUUGUUUGGGUGGGGGGUGGGGAGAAGGGAUUUUGUACUUGGAGAUGGAGAUAUCUUGUGGUUUAAAGCAAAUGUCCCAUGAAAGCAAUUCAAAUAUCAACAGAAUUAUUUCAGGUUAAAACAGA